AUGUAUGUAUCUAGUCACGACGUAACGCAGUUCGUCAUGACCUGAAGUGAAUCACGAUGGGAUUGCUUUAGUGACGUGGAAUUAAGGUUAGAUGCAAUUAGGCAUGGCGUGUAAGAGCUGCUUAUUUACCAGCAGCUGAAGCAUAAAGCUGCUCAUUGAUCCCACUUCUCAUCACCUAUUUUUUGGGCUAUUUGUGUAUACAUGUUCAUCCAGGGCAGAAACCUCCCCGCGGAUUUUUUCAACCUGAACUCGAGCUCUAUAUUUAUGUAGUGAGGAGCGCGUGGUGCGCUGACUGAGUGCGCCGCUGAAGUCCAGCGGAUUUCUCUGAGAGGACGCUGCUCUUUGCUUAGUGCACCUGUGGACGACUGCAAAAAUAGCCCAGUGGACGCCUUUUGUAUUUCUAUUUCUUUUAUUUUACCAAAGCCGUUUUAUUAUUAGGUUUUUUUUCUUCUUCUGCAGCCCAAAGCGUAUAUCGGAUGCACGGCUGGGUUUCCAGCAGUCGGAGAGCUCUGGUCAGAUUCAGCACCACAUCAGCUUUGGACAGCUCCGCGUGGAUGGGCUCUGUCGGUCUCCGUGUCUCCAGCAGCUCCUAAAUACCGGCAGCAAUGGCAUCGCAGGGUUUCUGGUCUCUUGGCGGAGAUAAUGCGGGGGCCAAUAAUACCGGGAGUCAGAGCCCCAGUACACCCAGGGCUUGGUGCCAAGCGGCUGCCCAGAAAUUAUCCGGAGGAAUUGGAUCGAAAUUAUGUGCGCUGCUCAAUGUCGGGGAAGUGGAGAAGCCCGCCGAGCCGGCCGCCAAGCAGCCGCCGGAGACCGAGGCAGCUGGCACCUGCGGCUGCAACAAAUCUUGCAACUGCACCAAAGCAGCUGUGGUCUUCUCCGACCUCUAUUCAACAGACCUGUUACCUGCCAUGGACAGUGACGCCAAAACAAUGACCUUCCUGCAGGAAGUUGUGGAUAUUUUACUGGCCUACAUCGUGGAGUCUUUCGACCGGGACACGAAGGUUAUUGAUUUUCAUUAUCCAAACGAGCUGCUCCAGAUGAACAACUGGGAGCUGCAGGGCGAGCCGGCCUCUCUGGAUGAUAUCUUGAUCAGCUGUCGCGCGACUCUCAAAUACGCCAUCAAAACAGCCCACCCCAGGUACUUCAAUCAGCUCUCUACAGGAUUAGACAUGGUUGGACUAGCAGCUGAUUGGCUAACAUCCACUGCCAACACCAAUAUGUUCACCUAUGAGGUGGCUCCUGUCUUUGUGCUGCUGGAAUACGUCACUCUGAAGAAGAUGAGGGAGAUUAUUGGCUGGCCGGAUGGGCGAGGAGAUGGCAUUUUCUCUCCUGGUGGGGCCAUUUCUAACAUGUAUGCCAUGCUGCUGGCUCGCUUCAAGAUGUUUCCUGAAGUGAAGGAGAAAGGAAUGUCAUCUGUUCCCAGACUGGUGGCCUUCACAUCCGAACAUAGCCAUUUUUCGAUCAAAAAAGGUGCGGCGGCUCUCGGCAUCGGGACAGAGAGUGUGAUCUGCAUCAAAGCAGAUGAAAGUGGCAAAUUGAUCCCAAGUGACCUUGAGAGGAGAAUACUGGAGGCAAAACAGAAGGGUUUUGUUCCUUUCUUUGUAAGUGCAACUGCUGGAACUACGGUGUACGGAGCUUUUGACCCUCUCAUUGCCAUUUCUGACAUCUGCAAAAAGUACAACAUCUGGAUGCACGUUGAUGGUGCGUGGGGAGGAAGUCUCCUCAUGUCCCGGAGGCACAGGUGGAAGCUGGAUGGAGUUGAGAGGGCCAAUUCGGUAACAUGGAACCCACACAAGAUGAUGUCAGUCCCUCUGCAGUGUUCAGCCCUGCUGGUCAGAGAGGAGGGUUUAAUGCAGAACUGCAACCAGAUGCACGCCUGCUACCUGUUCCAGCAGGACAAACACUACGACCUGUCCUACGACACCGGAGACAAAGCGCUGCAGUGUGGACGCCACGUAGACAUCUUCAAGUUGUGGCUCAUGUGGAGAGCUAAGGGCACCAUAGGGUUUGAGGCUCAGAUUGACAAGUGUUUGGAGCUUUCGGAGUACCUCUACAACAAGAUCAAAGACAGAGAAGGAUACGAGAUGGUCUUUGAUGGGAAACCUCAGCACACCAACGUCUGCUUCUGGUACCUCCCUCCUGGGAUCCGCUACAUGGAGGACAAAGAGGAGAGAAAGAAACACUUACACAAGGUGGCUCCAGUGAUAAAAGCCAGGAUGAUGGAGUACGGGACAACCAUGGUCAGCUACCAACCACAAGGAGACAAGGUCAACUUUUUCCGCAUGGUGAUCUCUAAUCCUGCCGCUACCUUCCAGGACAUCGACUUUCUUAUUGAGGAGAUUGAACGACUCGGCCAGGAUCUAUAAGACUCAUCCCACCAAGUCCUGUACUUUUCCCCUUGACGGAUGAAUUGUUUGUGGUGAAUGUCCUGGUAAACCUUUUUUUCUCUCUCUCUCUUUCCUCCAAAGUCACAUAUUUAAGAGUAUAUUUGAGAAAAAAACAUCUACAGAUAUAUCCAUACAUUAUGUAUUGUAGCUUUGCCGUGGACUAACUUGGUCCAAAGCUAUGUAAAAGUGCUUCUGUCUGACUUUCCUAUUGUGCAGUAGAUUUCAGAGUAGUGCAAGUGAUGUAACUUUAUAUGUAAUUUUUGUGAUAUGAAAUGCUUGUGCAUUAGGCCAAUGAGGAAGAGUUUUAUUUUUUUAAUUAUUUCUCAUUUGCCGAGUAUGUUGUUAAGUGCCAAACGUGGUUGUGUUCUAUUGUAACUUUACUUAUGGUUUAAAACAACAAAAAAACAGUUCACCUUACCUCAGCUUAAUCAACUGCCUUUACGUCUGCACAUAGUUCUCCUACUCUUGACUGGUGAUGCAUAGCAGCAUGUUAAAUAAAUACCCAUACCAGAACAAGCCGUCAUAGGGAUUUGGAAAUAGGUACAAAAUAAGACAUUUCCAUCAUAAUUACACAACAGCAAAGUCAAUUCCAAGCAUUUAUUAAGACGUGUGUUUCCAUUGUGCAUAUUGCAGCUUAUUACUUCUAAUACUUUCUACUCUUUUUACACACACACACACACUUCUUUCUAGUGUAUUUAAGGUGAGAAAGGCUUGUUGAAUCCAUUUUGUUUGAUGUCACCAGCUACGGUACAUGGACAUAU